AUGGAGAAAGACGGAGAAAUACGCGUCGAUCUGCCUAGGAAACCUAUCACGCAGCGCGCCCGUGUGGUGGUGGCGACGCCCGAGGCGCGCCGGUGCUCCCAGUUGGGCAGGAUCUUAGCCUCGGCGUACAUCAACAUUCGUACCGCGGAGACGCUGCCGUCCGGUGGAGUCCAAAGUCUUAGCCGGAUAGUGUUAAGAGCUCCGCGACAGGCUGCACAAGCGCGAGGACAUAAUACUGCGACUGGUGCUCACCAGCAACGACGACGCGGCUUCGCCGUUGUACAGGUGGAUGCGCACGGCAUAAUGCGAUGGAAUGGCUCGUGGUUUCGCCGCCAGCCGAUGGGAAAUGCCAGCUUAGGAAUCAGAGCAGCCGCCGGUAGCCAAGAUGAGCUUUAA